AUCCAGGAGCAGAAGGAAGGAGGGCAAAGAGAGUUUGGCGGCUACAAGGCUGCAGCCUUGGCAGAUACAGAAAUAUGCACCAAGUGUCCAGAUGAUAAAUAUCCAAAUGAGAUCCGAGUCCAAUGUAUCCCCAAAGUUAUAACCUUCCUGUCUUAUGAUGAACAUCUGGGCAUCAUCCUGGUCUCUCUUGCCCUACUCUUGUUCCUAAUCACAGCAUUUGUCUUAAUUAUAUUCAUUAAAUAUCGAGAAACUCCCAUUAUCAAAGCCAAUAACCGGGACCUCUCUUACAUCCUCUUGAUUUCCCUCCUGCUUUGCUUCUUGUCCUCCUUUUUCUUUAUUGGCCAACCAAGGAAAGCCACCUGUCUUCUUCGACAAACAGUGUUCAGCAUCGUUUUCUCAGUUGCUGUUUCUUCUCUCUUGGCCAAAACAAUCACAGUGGUGCUGGCAUUCCUGGCCACAAAACCAGGAAACCGAGUGAAGAGAUGGUUGGGGAAAAGCUUGGCCAAUUCCAUCAUCCUUUCUUGUUCUGCCGGCCAAAUUAUCAUCUGCUCCAUCUGGCUGGGAGUGUCUGCCCCAUUCCCUGACUCUGACCUUCACUCCCAGCCUGGAGAGAUCAUCCUGCAAUGCAACGAAGGAUCUGUUCUCAUGUUCUACAUCACCCUCAGCUAUCUUGGCUUCUUGGCUGCCAUCUGCUUCACAGUGGCUUUCCCGGCCAGGAAUCUGCCAGGGGCCUUCAAUGAAGCCAAGCUGAUCACCUUCAGCAUGCUGGUCUUCUGCAGUGUCUGGGUGACUUUUGUGCCCACCUACCUGAGUACCAAAGGGAAAUACAUGGUGGCUGUGCAGGUCUUCUCCAUCUUCUCCUCCAAUGCUGGGCUGCUGGGCUGCAUUUUCAUUCCCAAGUGCUUCAUUAUCAUUCUGAGGCCAGACCUGAAUACAAAGGAACAGCUAACAACCAGAAAAAAGGUAGAAAUGUGA